AUGUGGCUUUUGAGCCACUGAGCGCCACCUGGAGGAAAAAGACACUUCAUGUUUCACAAUAAACGCUGUCAGUGACUCUCAGAUCCGUGUAUUAUUCGCCUCAGUCGUAGAUGAUACAUGGUCAAACUUAAUUCUAUCUGUACACGACCACGCAUCGAUCUUUAUUAGACAAGAUAGGGAUGAAUACAGUAAAGCGCGUGAGUUCAGGUGUGCGCGCUCUCGUGGCGCUCCUGCUUCUGUCUGUGUCAGCGAAUCAGUGUGAUAAUAACGGAGCUGACAACUGCGAUAAAUGGACUGAAACUUCUAACAACCAACCUCUAAAUACAGAUGGUGUGGUGACGUACGAGCAGCUGAAGCUCAUGAUGUCCUCUGGAAGCGUCCAGCUCGUCGAUGUCCGCGAGCCGCAUGAGCUGGAAGCAGGGUUUAUUCCUGGAGCAACCAACAUUGUUUUGAGCGAGGUGGAGCAGGCCCUCAGACUGAGCCCAGAUCAGUUUAGAGAGCGCUACGGCGUCACAAAGCCUCACAGAGAAGACUCAGACUUUGUGCUGUACUGUGUGAGAGGCCUACGCAGCCUCACCGCGCUGGAGACCGCUAGAGCUCUGGGAUACACAAGGGCCCGUCAUUACGCCGGAGGAUUCAGCGAGUGGCUUCAGCGGGAAGGUCUGUGAACAGAAAGAGUCGAACACGAAACUCGACAUCAGAGGAAUGAAGCUUAUUUCAGCUCUGUGAUGGACCUACAAGACCAUGAUUAUGAAUUUAUACGGCACUUGACUGUUAAAAUUACAGCACAGACCAAAAAUGUAUUCAUAAAAUCUCA